AUGAAGUUAAAUAUUGCGAAUCCUACGACUGGAUUACAGAAGUGUAUCGAAAUUGAUGAUGAAAAACGCUUAUUACCUUUAUUUGAAAGAAGAAUUGGUGCAGAAGUAGAGUGUAGCUUCUUGGGUGAUGAGUUUAAAGGGUAUACAUUGAAAAUUACGGGUGGAAAUGACAAGCAGGGAUUUCCAAUGAUGCAAGGUGUUUUGACGAAUGGCCGUGUUCGUUUAUUAUUUAAGAAGGGAAUGAAGUGCUACCGUCCUCGUCGCACUGGUCAGCAAAAGAGAAAGUCAGUUCGUGGCUGCAUUGUAGGACAUGAUUUAUCUGUAUUAAAUUUAGUUGUUGUAGAGAAGGGUGAACAAGAUAUACCAGGUUUAACAGAUAGUGAAAAACCAAGACGUUUAGGUCCAAAAAGAGCAUCUAAGAUUAGAAAACUCUUUAAUUUGGCUAAAUCUGAUGAUGUACGUAAGCAUGUUAUUAGGAGAGUAAUUGAGGGGAAGAACAAAUCAAAAGCUCCAAAGAUUCAACGUUUAGUAACAAGGGAAAGGCUUCAAAGAAAACAAAGAUACAUUAAGACUUUAAAGAAACGUUCUGCCAAUGCUAUUGCUGCAAAGAAUGAAUAUGCUGCAUUACUUUCAAAAAUUAAAGCCAGUCGAGAUGUAACAACUCAUUAA